CUGUUAUUUUCAAAGGAGCAGAUAGGUGUAUAUGUAUGUACAUUAACCUAUAUGCUCUUUACAAUUUUCUACAUUCAGACGUAAAAUUAGCUUUACUAAAAAUAUCAUUUUUCAGAAAAUCUGUAAUUUCCUGGUAAGAUUUUAAAUCCCCUCACCCGAGCAAGUUAACAUCCUGUACUGAGAUCCGGGUACAAAAAAAUCGUUCGCAGUGGUAUUUAAAUCUUAUAUUUUUUAUCUUAUUUUUUUAUUUUAUUAUUAUUUUAUUUCAGGAAAAUUUGAUGUUGUGAAUCUUUCCGCAUAUGAGCUUUACGCUGCAUCCUAUCUAUGUGGGGAACUAGGUAUGGAUACUGAAGCAUCCCAAGUAUGUGGGGGAGCUGUUAUUUUUGAUUUCCAAGGAAUAACUUUGAAUAAGCUACGUUGCUUUUCAUCUCCGCCAUUUCUAACACUAGUAUUUAGAGGCAUACAAAAUUGCUUCCCUUAUCGCAUACCCGGUUUUCAUGUAGUUCAUGAACCAUCCUACUUCAGUAUGACCUACAAUAUUAUUAAACCAAUGCUAUCUAAAAAACUAAAGGAGCGAUUCCACUUCCAUGGCAACAAUUUAUCAAGCUUGCACAAAUUCUUUUCUCCAGAAAUUCUGCCCAAAGAGCUAGGAGGUCACUUAGGUGAAAAAGAAUUCUCAGAAUUUAGGACAUAUAUUCAAAGUAAAGAAUCUUUCGUCGAAAAGUUAAAUCAAUGCAUCUACGAUGAAGGAAAUGUUUUUUCAAAGAAGAGGGAAACAUAAAGUCUGUUUUCAAAAAGAAAACCUGAAAAAUUUAACAUUUUAUUUAUAAUAAAAAAAACUAUAAGACUUUAAACAGUGCUGUAACAGCUAAUCACUUACCACUUUAGCUACACUUUAUCAGAGGCAAUGAUUUAUUUUGAUGAAAAAUGUAGCUCCUACUAUAUUCAGUAAUAUAUGAGACCCUUAUUUGCGAUAGAAAUAAGCCACAAUAAAGAAAAGUAAUAGCAA